AUGCCUCCUCGCAAGGGCAUCGUAAAAACUGGGAAUGCAGGAAAUUCAUCCAAGACCAACAAAAACUCUGGCGCAGGUUCGCCUUCGCAGUUAGGUGAUGCAGAGCAAGAAAAACCACUCUUCCCACCCGGAUCCAAGUAUCCUCUUAGUCUACUUCAAGAAAGGUGUCAAAAAAGUGGCUGGGAUAAGCCAACCGUCGAGACACUUAAAAUCCGCAAGCGUAAACAUGGCAAUGAUUGGUCUUUCGCUGUUCACAUCGCCCGGUUCGAUAAGAAAACAUCGCAAACAGAAAGUGUCCGACUGGAACCUCACCCACCUUAUUUGAGACCAACUACGCUGGAAGCGCGUCAUUGGGGUGCCACAUACGCUCUGUACCGUUUCUGUAAUGGACUUCAACUUAAUCGCGUAUUACCACCUGGACCUCGUGAUUACUGGACCGAGUUGGCAACAGAACAUAAAAAUGCUCCAGAGCACAUGAAAUGGAUGUAUGAUGCUGAUCCUUUUGCUGCGCGUAGAGCAGUAGAUGAGAGACAAGCGAAGGCAGCCAAAAAUCGACAGCAAGGAAAUUCAAAAACCUCCAUGAUGCCGGGGUCCAAGGAGUUUGCUAAUUCCCCCGAGGUGAGAAUGUCCACUGAGUUGCGGGAUUUGGUGGAAGAUGUUGUCAAGAAGGGGAAUGCACUGCACUUUGGUGAAGACCCUGUGACAUCUGUAUUGCCCGUGGAGGCUAUACCAGCUGUUACUCAGCAGCUCGGCCACUUAGGUUUCAAGUCUGAUCAAACACGCAAUACAUUGGCCUUUCUAUCCAAACCUUCGGCUCUCGGGGGUAAAUUGUUGAAUUCAAUGAGCCCGCUGGAGGCGUGCAUAGAACAUCUAGUUCUUCAUCUCCCAGAAUGUGACCUUCCCGCGCGCUUCUUUCCUGGAAAUAAUUCCUCUGAUCCAUUUAUUGUCUCUGGUCACUCCGGCUCUGAUGACUUGGCAAAGCGAUGGGUGGAGGAGAAAAUUAUCAAAGAGGCUGGAUUUCCUGCAUACACCGUCAAAGAGUGUACUGCUGACAGAGACUCAGUAACAAAUGUGGAUCUGCUGGUAGCUUCUUUAGAUCAUCGCCUCCUAGGUGAAAGUGCGGGUGCCCAAGCUAAUCCAGAUGACAUGAUUCUGGCUAAUGUCGUGGACGGUUUACGAAGAAAUGCGGACGAAGUAGAGGCUCUUGGGGCCCAUUUUGUCGACGCGAACCAUGUAUCGAUGCCUCUGUUCAGCGCGCCCGUGGAGCUACACGUCUUUCUGCCGUCCUGUUCUGACCACUCCUUUCACAGUUAUCCCCCUGUGUAUAUCACAUCAAAGUCUAUCCCACCGUACAUGCGACUUCAUCUUCUCUCACAACUGUUGCAAGAAAUGAAACAGGAUGGGUUUAUGGAGUCAGGAGAAGGCUUUCUUAUGGCAGCAAUGCGAGUCCUCGAGGAGCAAUGGGCACAGGUUCAGUCCAACGGUUCGCCAGAUGUAUCGGAAGUACUAAAAUUCUUGAUACCUUCGCCCACUGCAUCCCCCACCAUCCAUACAGGCGCUGCUUUACCGACCGGUCUUAACGAAACAGCACGCCACAAAUUCCGGCGUCGCGGUGACAAUCGACCGAAUUCACAGGUUAAGUCAGAUUUCGACAAAUUAUGCCAAUCUCAGGCAUAUGCAACGAUGUUAUCAGCUCGUAGACGCCUUCCUGCAUUUGCUGCCAAGGACAAAUUCUUUGUCGUGGUUGGAGAAACAGGGUGUGGCAAAACCACUCAGCUUCCACAAUUCAUCCUAGAUUCCUUGAUACUUUCGGGACAUGGUGCUGAAGCUUCGAUCAUUAUCACCCAGCCUCGCAGAAUUUCUGCCGUAUCUGUUGCUGCGCGGGUUUCUGCAGAACGGAUAGACGAUGGCUCUGUUGGAUAUGCUAUUCGUGGAGAGACUAAGCAUAACCAAGCGACAAAGUUGCUCUUCUGUACGACUGGAGUUGUUUUACGAAGGCUAGGAUCCGGCGACGGGCUAAGGGAUGUCACACACAUUGUUGUCGAUGAGGUUCACGAACGUUCUGUCGAUGGUGAUUUUCUUCUUCUGGAACUCAAGGAAUUGUUAGCACGACACUCUACACUCAAGGUGGUGCUCAUGUCAGCAACAAUCAAUCAUGAAACAUUUGUGAAAUAUUUUAACAACGCCCCAAUGUUGACUAUCCCAGGCUUUACACACCCAAUCACAGAUAUGUAUCUAGAAGACUACAUUUCGUCAAUUUCCUAUAAGCCGGCAUCAGCCAAACCAAAUAAAAAAGAAUCGGAAGAAGAGAAACAUGCAUUCAGGAAUUACUGUAGUUCGAAGGGCCUCAGCGAGGAGUCAACGUCUGCAAUUCAAAACAUUAUGCACGCGGAAAGGAUUGACUAUCAGGUUCUGAUUGCUGCUAUUGUUCAGCACGUCAUUGCAACGUCACAGCGAGGCGGGAUUUUGAUUUUCCUUCCUGGAGUUCAAGAAAUUCGUUCUUGUAUUGAUGUAAUGCGUGGCAUGCUCGGUGAGAGGGCUGAGAUAUUGCCUUUACAUGCGAACCUGUCAAACGAUGAACAACUGGCUGUUUUUGCGAAUACAAAACGAUGGAAAAUCAUUGCCGCAACAAACGUUGCCGAGACGUCCAUUACCAUUGAAGAUGUUAUCUACGUUGUGGAUUCGGGGAGAGUCAAAGAAACGAACUAUGAUCCAGAGAGCGGGCUGUCUCUCUUGAAAGAACAAUGGGUUACACGUGCCGCAGCCCGCCAACGCAGGGGUAGGGCCGGCAGAACGCAACCAGGGGUUUGCUACAAGCUUUAUACUCGCAAACAGGAAGAGAAAAUGAGCCGUUUCCCAAUACCAGAAAUACUGCGAACACCGUUGGAGAGCAUUUCGUUAACCGUGAAGGUGAUGCGCGAGAGUGAGGACGUCAAGCAUUUCCUAAAUCGGGCUAUCGAUCCUCCCGAAGUGUCUGCAAUGGAUAAGGCCUGGAAUGUCCUUGAGGAGCUCGGAGCCAUUGAUGCAGAUGGCCACUUGACUGCUCUUGGGCGCCAUAUUUCAAUGCUACCCGUGGAUUUACGACUCGGGAAGAUGCUAGUUCUUGGCACGAUUUUUCAAUGUCUAGACCCAAUUCUUACGGUUGUAGCUUGCCUCUCGUCGAAACCUUUAUUCCUCAGUCCUAUGAAUAAUAGGGAUGAAGCCACUAACGAUCUGCUCACAGAUGUCAAUGCGUAUAAUGAAUGCAUGCGCCUUCAGUCUGAGGGCAAGAGUCAAAAAGCAUUGAGACAUUUCUGUGAAGAGAACUUUAUCUCAACGGCCACCGUCAGGGAGAUCACCUCAUUACGCCGCGACUUCCUCUCCUCUCUUUCAGAUCUCGGUUUCAUCCCGCGUUCCGCAAGAGCGAGUUCAGAGGAACUGAAUGCAAACAGUGCAAACACAAACAUUGUCAAAGCCGUCAUUCUUGGCGGCCUGUGGCCUCGCGUUGCUCAAGUGCACCUUCCGCGUUCAGCGAUCAAAUUCGAUAAAGUGCAAGCGGGCACUGUUCAGCGCGAAAAUACUGCAAAAGAGUACAAGAUCCACGAUCUGACAGAUGUGCGCGUCUUCUUGCAUCCCUCGUCUGUCCUCUUUGGAGAGUCGACGUGGAAGUCGCCGUUCCUGGCGUACUUCCAGAAACAGAUGACUAGCAAGAUUUUCAUCCGCGGUGCGACUGAGGUUCCGAUGUACGCAUUGCUUCUAUUUGGUGGACCUGUGUCGGUCAAUCACAUCGGGGGCGGUCUCACUGUUGGAAAGGGUGGAAGUAUCGUCAAGUUGAAGGCAUGGCCCCGCAUCGGAAUUUUGGUGAACCAACUGAGACGUCUCCUUGAUGCGCAAUUGCAGCAAUGUAUCGAAGACGGAUCAAUGUUAACGUUGAGUGCCAGUCAGCAUAGUGCAGUGGCCAAUGCAAUGAGCGCGCUGCUCGCUAACGACGGCCUGUCCGGAUAA